AUGCGAGGGCACAAAAAUUGCCAUCCUAGAUACAGCUUUUCGGACAAGAAACAAAGUCUCAAACAGGCAGCAAUUGCGUACCUGCGAUAA